ACGCGCACUCGCAUACGUCACCAACCAGGAAGUGAGCAGCGAGGAGGGACCGAAGAAUCACAACAGAGCCGCCACAGCCAUUGACAGCUGAAACACGCUGCUUUUCUCUGUUGUUACCAACAGCCAACAUGUCACGAAAACCCAAGGAGGAAUAUUACCGGUUCUUUACCGUUACCGACCCACGCACUCACGAGAAGGGACACACGGAGUACAAAGUGACAGCAAGGUUUGUGUCCAAGCGUCAUCCAGAAGAUGUGAAGGAGGUGCUCGUGUGGAGGAGGUUCUCAGAGCUGAAGAAGCUCCACGGGGAGUUGGCCUACACUCACAGGAACUUGUUCAGAAGACAGGAGGAGUUUCCACCUUUUCCCCGUGCACAAGUUUUUGGAAGGUUUGAUCAGGCUGUGAUUGAGGAUCGGAGGAAGGCAGCAGAAGCCAUGCUUUUGUUUACUACCAGCAUACCCGCACUCUACAAUAGCCCACAACUCAAGGACUUCUUCAGAGGUGGCGAGGUCACAAGACCUCUAGACCCAACCCCUCUGUCCUCUGCUGGGCCUCUGCCUCCCCCUCUCAUCCCCCUCCCCAAGCGGAGGGCCUCAGACUGUGAGCCCGCAGAAGAGGAGGAGGGAAGGGAGGCUCCCACCUUACCCCAGGACCUGGGCACCAACCUGGGCUUAGACGUGGGAGAACCUGAGGUGGCGGCUGAGGCUUACAGUGAGAUGGGAGGCUCUCCAAGAGAAGAAGAAAGAGAGAGGCUCAGUGAUACAGAGCUGGAUGACAGAGUCCUGUCUCCUGACCCAUCCCCAGCUAGAAACCACCAAUCACAAGAGUCCCAGGAAGAGUUUGAUUCACUGUUUGACUCUGUGGCAGAAGAGCAUGCCCCAUCCCCAAAGGAAGGAGGUCCACCUCCACUGUCUGAUAUUGACUUGGCUGUCUUUGAUCCCUGCUCUAAACAAGAAACAUCCAGUGCCUCCAGUGACCACUCAGAGUUGUUCUCACUGCCGCCAACCAGUCUAGAUGGAGGGGACAUGGGUUAUCUGAACCAAGCAGCCACUGAGCUAACAGCUGCUAUGGAGAGGGAGAAAGAGGGAGAAUUUAGUUCUGCCAUUUGUGGAUACAGGACAGCGGUGGACAUAUUGAUCACUGGAGUGCAGGGUGACCCAGAUCCAGUACGCAGGGAGUCUGUGAUGAGGAGGACUGCCCAGUAUCUGAAACACGCUGAGAUGUUGGUCGACAGGCACUCCUCGCCCACACACACUCACACAUCUACACACACACAGGCACAGGACCCAUAGAUGCACACAGAUGUAUUUACAGUAUAUACACUUUUCCUACAAAUCCAAGAGUCAAGACAAAGCUCAGGGUUGUGACAUACAUAUGCACAAGUACAUGUCACACAUGCAGACACACACACAUACUCCUUUUGUCUUGAUACAGAUACUGAUAGGGAUACUUACACAGUUAGAUACAGCAUGCUGACUCACAUACAUACAGUGACAAGGCAUGCUCAUUUGGACCACAACAUUCACAAAUAACAGCUCAUUUCAGGUGCAAAACUACAGCACACACACAUACAAGCACACACACAUACACACACACACACACUCACACAAAUAUAGACACACACUCCCGAGGUGCACGCUACACUGCAGACCGUUUCUUUAGGUGUCUUUGUUUAGUGAAAAAUAUGUGAUUUGCAAAAUCGAAAUAUCCGGAAGCUGAAAGUAACUGUAAAAUUAAUGGAUUCAUGGAUAAAUAAUCCUUCAUCUCGCUUUCUCUUUCUUUCUCUUGUUUAAUUAUUACUUUCCUUUUACAAAGUUCUCUUGUUGAAUACUGCCAUGUGUCUAUAUUUUAAGUAAUUUGAAUUUUGCA